AGCAAACAAAGUCAGAGGGAAACUUCCCUUUCAAGUGGAACUGUCAGAAGGUACAAGGACUGAAGGACAGAGAUCUUCAAUAGGACACACCUGCAUCAAGAUUCAGAGCUGAACUGCAAAUUUCUAACAGCUCGGGGGAGUUUAGUCCAGAUUUGUUCGACACACCUAAUCUCGAUAGCAAAUGACAGCCUGGUUCAGCCCCAGAGAGUCAGGUUUCCAGCUCUCAUCCAGAUAAAGCUGAUGGAGUUGUGGACACUACCUGCCUGCUGUUGCUCUGCUGCUGAUCCAUCCUCUCGGCUGCUCUAGACGAGAUCUGAAAGCCAUGGAUGGGCACGGAGGAGAAGCCGCCGGUGGGCUCCAGCAGGGUAUUUCUUGGUCAUUUUCAGUCUCUGAAGGUGAGGAAGAGUCAGAAGGUACUGACUCAGCGAUCCAAGAGGGGGACUCGCACACACACUACAUUGCCAUUCAAAGAAAUUCCAAAUACUAUCGGUCCAUGAGGCUGCCAAACAGAUCGAAGAGAAAGACUGCAAGGGAAGCAAUGCAUGCAGGGCGCGCUGCAGGUUCACUCAGAAACAAUGAGCCUGACAAAGAGCCCCUGAACGUUUUACCUCCUAAGGGAUUGCCAGCUCCAGUAGACUGUAAUCAGACAACUUUAGAAGAAUUAUUGAUCCAAAGGCUGCUGCCUUCCUACCCCCGUUACCGUGGCAACCUCCCGGGCUCCCCCAGCCCCGCGCCGCCGCCGCUACCGCCGGAGCUGCUCGGCAGCCGCCUGCCGCCGCCGGCCAUGGAGCUGCUGGCUGCGGCGCUCAGCGCCGCCUGCGCCCUCGACCAGGACGGCUCUGCGGGACAGCCCGGCAGGAAUCCCCCCGCGGCCGCUGAGGACAGCCCCACCGCCGCCGAGGCGCCGCCGCCCGCCCACCCCAUGACGGCCGACUCGUGGAGGAACCUCAUCGAGCACAUCGGGCUCUUGUAUCAGGAAUAUCGAGAUAAAUCGACGCGCCAGGAGAUCGAAACCAGACGGCUGCAGGAUUCACAGACAGACCCUGAAGAGAGUUCACCCAGUGAGGAAGCCCCAUCUGAGACAGAACCUGCAAGUACACCUGAGAGCAAAGCUGCACCACAAAUCAAUUUGCUGAGGAACUCCAACUCCAGGUUCAACUUAUGGCAGGACCUGCCCGAGAUCCGGAGCAGUGGGAUCCUCAGCAUCCUCCAGCCGGAUGAGAUCAAGCUGCAGGAGGCAAUGUUUGAGCUGGUUACUUCUGAAGCCUCGUAUUGCAAGAGUCUGAAUCUGCUGGUGUCUCAUUUCAUGGAGAAUGAGCGUCUGAAAAAGAUCUUACACCAGUCCGAGGCACACAUCCUCUUCUCCAAUGUCCUGGAUGUCAAGGCUGUUAGUGAGCGCUUCCUGCUGGACCUGGAGCGACGGGUUGAGGAGAAUAUUGUGAUCUCGGAUGUGUGCGAUAUUGUCUACCAGCAUACAGUUGAUCACUUCUCUGUGUACAUCACCUAUGUCUCCAACCAGACCUACCAGGAGAGAACUUACAAGCAGCUUCUCCAGGACAAGCCAGCUUUCCGGGAGGUGAUCACACAGCUGGAGCUGGAUCCCAUGUGCAGAGGCCUAUCCUUUUCUUCCUUCCUGAUUUUGCCAUUUCAAAGGAUCACUCGGCUCAAGCUACUGGUGCAGAAUAUUUUGAAGAAAGUGGAAGAGAAAUCUGAGAGGGAAACCACUGCCCUGGACGCACAUAAGGAGCUGGAAACAGUGGUGAAAGCAUGCAAUGAAGGUGUAAGGAAGAUGAGCCGAACAGAGCAGAUGAUCAGCAUCCAGAAGAAACUGGAAUUUAAGAUCAAGUCUGUGCCUAUCAUCUCUCACUCCCGCUGGCUGCUGAAGCAGGGGGAACUGCAGCAAAUGAACGGUCCGAAGACAUCACGGACACUUCGCACCAAGAAACUCUUCAGAGAAAUCUACUUGUUCCUUUUCAAUGACCUGCUGGUCAUUUGCCGGCAAAUUCCAGGGGACAAGUACCAAGUGUUCGACUCAGCGCCCCGGGGGCUUCUUCGGGUGGAGGAGUUAGAAGACCAGGGGCAGAGUUUGGCCAACGUCUUCAUCUUGAGGCUGCUGGAGAAUGCCGAUGACCGGGAGGCCAGUUACAUGCUGAAGGCAUCGUCGCAGAGUGAGAUGAAGCGUUGGAUGAUUUCACUGGCCCCAAACCGGAGAACCAAGUUUGUUUCAUUUACAUCCAGAGUUUCAGACUGCCCGCAGAUCCAGUGUGUACACCCCUAUGUGGCCCAGCAGCCAGAUGAGCUAUCCUUGGAGCUGGCUGACGUCCUCAACAUCCUGGACAAGACAGAUGACGGCUGGAUAUUUGGGGAGCGGCUUCACGACCAGGAGAGGGGCUGGUUCCCCAGUUCUAUCGGGGAGGAGAUCCUGAACCCCAAAAUCCGAGCCCAGAACUUGAAGGAGUGUUUCCGGGUGCACAAGUCAGAUGACAGCCAGCGGAGGAAACUGGGCAGCAGGAACCGCCAAUGACUGCUGGUGUCCCCAAGCCUGGGGAGCGCGCCUGGGAGAGGGACAGAGGACAGAGGCUGCUGGCUGGGGGGACACAGAGGCGGUGCUGGAGGCUGUGGCACAGGACCUGGUGUGCCACACCAAGCACAUGCACUCUUGAACGCAUGGACCUCAGUUCCCAGGCUGCCUGCCAUGCUUUCUGCUGUGCUGAGCCCUCCUUGGAGAGCAGUGCUUCGAGCUGGCUGAAAUCACCCUUUUCCAAAGAGCAUGAGCCCGAACUGGCACCACAUGAAGGCCCUGGGUGCCGGCCAGCUGACCAGCGAGGGAACCUGGGGCUGUGGGGGGCCGAGCUCCAGCCCCAGUUCCCUGUGCAUGUGCCAGCUGCAGCCGGCUCUGGCUGCUUGGGAAAGGCUCGCGGCAGCAAGUGGAACUCAGCAAUUAGUGUUGCCCGGUUUGAGUGCUCAUGCCUCAUCACUACCUUUUGAGCUAGGGGCUCUCUUAGAGACGCACCUCAUAGGGUUGGGAAUUCCAGCAGAGGAACCAUCUCACAUCCCUUCACACUGCCCACCCCCAGGACCCCAUUUCCCCAGCAAAGCCGAUGGAGGCAUCCCUUGGGUCGGCCCUUGAUCUGCUCCCCAGUGCUCUGAAGUGCUUUGAACACAGCCCUGCUCCACCAGCAGCCCCACCUCAGAGACCCCAACCUCCAUCCCUGCUCACCUGAAGGCCUCAAAGCCCAUCUGGGCCAUACCCCAUGGCUCACCCCUUCUCUCAGCUGCUGCAGAAGCAUGGCACCAUGGCAUUCCCCAGCUGCUCUGGUGCUCAGGAGGAUGGGCUGCACAUGGUCUCUGCUGCGCCCACUGUGGCGUGCUGCAGGGCUCCAGGAGUGCCAGCAGACAAGCACCAUGCAGCAAGCGACAGCACCCCAGGAGCCGCUGUGCUGCUCAGUAGAAGGCUCAGCAACACGCCUGCAUGCUUGUAACCCACACCUCCAGCUGCGCACAGCCUCCCUGUACAGUUCAUGUAUAUAUGCAGUCCUCUGUCGCCAGCAGAACUACACCAUCGCUUCGUCCAGUUGUGGUACUGAGCAUCGCAUGAAGCCCCGGGCACAGCACUAGGAGCUGCCGGGCACAAACACCACACCCAGCAGCCCUGCAGCAAUGGCCUGCUGUGCAGCUGCCUUGCUCCAAACAGCACCAUGUGUGGCCGCAGCCGAGGGCGCUGGGCUACAGCAUCAAGUAUGCUGGUCCUGAGCUGCAGCCACCACCCGUUAUGGAAUCAGGGUUAUUGGGCAUUUCUGUAACGCUGCAAGGAGUCUUCCAGGCACUGCGAUGUGCUGUGAUGACAUCUGGGCUGUAUUCCAGAAGGGGACAGAGAGCAGUGUAGGGUCCUGGUUUCGCGAGGCGCGUGCAGUGUGGGCUCAGGACACAGCUGGUGGAAGCUGCAGCAACAAAGGGAGCACAGAAGGGGGACCUUCAUUGGGCCAGCUCUGUGCCAGCACACACGCAGGGCCGCAGAGAGGGCUGGGACAGGUCUGCAGCCUCCAGCUUCAUGCAGUGGGCUCACCUGAUAGGGACACCCCAAAUCAGGCCCCCAGAAAAGCACCCCACAGGCACCGUCUGAGUGCAACCACACCUCCAGGUCCGGGUCCAGACCUUGCAGCAGCUGCAAAUUCCCCAGCACAAACCCUGGAGGAGCUCCAGCCUCAGGCAGCCCUCCAAGCUACCCACUGAAGUGAGCACAUCGCAGCCCCUCCAGUUUGGCAGAGCCAGAGCCAGCACAGCCCCGCACUGAAGCCCCACAGAGGUUGCUUCUCAGUACAGAAGCGCUCUCUCACCCAGCAGAAGCAGCUGUUCACCAGUGGAGGGGCCCAGAUUCCCCAGUGUCAGGAUACCAGCACCUCGCUGUACUGCUUGCAGGAGGGAGAGGGGCCCAGGGCUGCUACCUGCUGUCCCCUCACACCCUGGACUCACUCCAGCUGCUCCAGCUCUGUUGUGACUUUUUAUGACUUCAAACCCUAGGCACAGGCUGUGCCACUUCCAGGCGCCAAAUGGCAUCCAGUGUUAUUUCUUCAGACCCAGCCCCGCACGCCUUUUCACGGGCCCACAGCUGCAGCCCCCAGCCCCUGCCAGGCUGCCAAGGUGUACUGAGGGGAACUUCUCGUCGUCUCGUUUUCCGUGUGAUGAAAUACAGCUGAAUGAGCCAGCGCCAAAGCA